CGUCCAGCAGUGGUUUGUCUCGCCUUCCCGCCUCCACCAGCCUUACUUCCAUUUCCUCUCUCCUGUAGCGUUAGCAGAACAACGUCCUCACUCCAACAGAAAUGGCUGACCAAUUGACAGAAGAACAGAUCGCAGAAUUUAAGGAGGCCUUCUCCCUGUUUGAUAAGGACGGAGAUGGGACCAUCACCACAAAGGAGCUGGGCACUGUAAUGAGAUCACUGGGUCAAAACCCAACUGAGGCAGAGCUUCAGGACAUGAUCAAUGAGGUGGACGCAGAUGGUAACGGUACCAUUGACUUCCCUGAGUUUUUGACGAUGAUGGCAAGGAAGAUGAAAGACACUGACAGUGAGGAGGAGAUCAGAGAGGCAUUCAGAGUCUUUGAUAAGGAUGGCAACGGUUACAUUAGCGCUGCAGAGCUGCGUCAUGUGAUGACUAACCUUGGGGAGAAGCUGACGGAUGAAGAAGUAGAUGAAAUGAUCAGAGAAGCAGACAUUGAUGGUGACGGACAGGUCAACUAUGAAGAAUUUGUUCAGAUGAUGACCGCCAAAUGAACUGGGCUCCCAUUUAAGACAAAGAAUCAGUUAAAUGUUUCACUUACCUCUUAUUGCAAAAAUCUACAUUUAUUCAUACUGUUCUGUAUAGACAAUUUAAACUGAAUGUUGGAAAACUGAAAAUCUGUCCAUAUAAACAAGCUCAAAAAAGGUAAAAAGACAAAAAGAAAAACUUCUAAAUGAAUCUGCAUGUACUGGCUUGUAUUCCCCGCCCCCCAGCGCUGAGCUGCCCAAUCAGAUCUCAACUCGUUAGCCAAGCAGCCUCUCUGCAGCUGGCUGGUUUUUGCCGCUGCUCCUCUGCUUCCUGGUUCCAUCUGCCUGAUGUCAUGAUGAUUACAUGGGCUGGCACAAUCGCCUUUCUUCUAUGACUUCCUGUUUUCUUUUCUUUUUUUCUGUUCUUCAUGCAUGCAGCUUUAGAUGGGUUACUGUUGAGAGCCCAGUGGCGAAAGGCUGUUGUUGGGCUUCAGGGUGCCCUGGGACCCACAAAGAGGAGGGAGGGGUUAGUUGACGGAUGGAUGGGAGUGAGUGAACCAGCGGAACCUUUGCAGUUUGCUUACCUAAAUGAAAUCAGUGACAACAGAGAUAUUUUUAAGAAAAAUUUUAAAAAUGGUAUAACUAAGAACUCAUUUUAGAUUCUGUGUUUCUGGCAUGUCAGGAUACUUGCUUUAUCCUUUGUGUGUUUACCUUUUUUGAGAGGGGAAGCUUGGGUGGGGCAUAGAUUUGAGCCCCUUGGGUGUUGGAUGUGUCCCUGACUAUUUGGAAGGGUUGGGUGGGCUUAAAAGGUGAUGAUAUACAAGAGCAAUCUUUGGGACAAUAUCAAUAUUAUGACCAUCAGGUUUUGUAGAGUUGGAGAUUUCUUAAUGAUUAAUCUGUGGUUAUGACUGAAGCAUGCUUGGGUAGUGUAAUGUCUCAAAGGUGGCGUGUGUAUCAUGAUUCUACAGGGGCGUUAAUUUCAGUUUAGUGGGGACGGGGUCGGUGCUUUGCGGCAUUUCUAUCUUGUGUUUGUGUGUGAGUUUGCGUGUGUAAGUGUGUGUGUGUGUGGGUGCGGCGAGGCCCGGCCCAGUCCAACUGUUCUGUUUAGUUCAGUUGAUCUGCAUUCCAAGUUGUACAUGCUAGUCUUUACAUUUUGUUUUUCCAAUAAAAUGUCAUGAACUAA